AUGGCUUCCCACGAGCGCGCGGGCGUCCAGGCGGGCGCGCAGCGCUGGCAGCUGAGAGCCUCGAAGUUGGAAGCGGCGCAAGGGCAGCUCAGCGCCCAGUUGGAGAUCGCACCCUCGGAGGAACACGAGCUCGACAAGGCCGACGGGGCGCGCGCAAAGGCGGCGGCGGAGCUGGCCAGUGACCGCGCGCCGCAGAUUUCGGCCCCAGCCUCCGCCGCCGCGCAUUCCAAGCUCGACAUCGGGGACGCCGCUUCUGGCCUUGCCAACGCUGUCGACAUCGUCGACGCGCGCGGUCCGCUCGCUAUCGGCGCGGGCGUUUGCGAGGCUGCCGAGGAAUAUUCUCGCGAGCUGGAGGUCCGCCGCGCCGAGCUGAACUGCGAGCCCCACGAGGCGGCGGCCCCCCCGCUCGAGGGCGCCGCCGACGAGGUCACGCAGCUGAAGCAGGCGCGCGCGGGCGACAUCGAGAGGCUUGGGCACGCGCGCCGCAGGAGGCGCUGA